AUGGUGGUUAAGAUUGUCAUACCCGAGAAGGUCAAAUGGGCAAUUAACACCUUUAAGCACUACAAGUCAGCGGGACCGGAUGGCGUCUUUCCGGUUCUUCUACAAGAGGGACUGGAACAGAUCGUGGGCCCACUGACUCGAACCUUAAAAGCAUGUAUCGCGAUGGGCUACACACCCAGCGCAUGGAAACUGGCCAGGGUAGUGUUUAUCCCAAAGGCGGGAAGAACGAGCUACACCAAGGCAAAGGAUUUCAGGCCAAUUAGCCUAACAUCGUUUCUCCUUAAGACAUUGGAGAAGCUGGUGGACGCGUAUCUGAGGGAGACAACUCUGUGGAGGUAUCCUCUCCAUAAAAAUCAGCACGCGUAUUGUCCGGACUAUUCCACCAAGACUGCUCUACAUCAAACGGUAGCGUUUAUUGAGGAGCAGCUGGAAGGGAAGGGCUACGCAGUGGGUGCUUUCUUGGACAUAGAGGGCGCUUUUAACAACACACCGCACGAGGUAGUGUGUAAGGAAGCCACCAGAAGAGGUGUCCCGAUGAAGUUCGUCGAGUGGAUCCGGGGCAUGCUAGGAAGGCGUGUGAUGACUUCGCUGGGAACUGCAAAGGUUUGUGGGUGGGUAGGAAGAGACUGCCCGCAGGGCGGAGUACUUUCCCCACUUUUCUGGUGCCUGGUAGCAGACGGAUUAUUAAAGGCACUGGACGAUGGAGGCUUCAUUGCACAAGUCUACGCGGAUGACGUGGCAAUACUUGUGCGAGUCCCCUUUCUAAAGACGUUUCUAGAGCUCAUGCAGGGGGCACUGGAAGUCGUAGAAGAGUGGUGUCAGAGGACGGGUUUAACGGUGAAUCCACUGAAAACUGGUCUUACUGUCUUCACUCGCAAAUACAAGGUAGGCACCAUUGUGGGACCCACUCUUGGAGGAAUAAGACUCACAUACGCAGCCGUAGUAUGGUGGACUAGGGUGCAAAAGAAAACAGCCAAAGUUGCGCUGGAGCAUGUCAGGGCUCUGAUUUUGAGAGGGGCCCUGGGUGCUAUGGUUACAACACCAGUGGCGGCGAUGGGCGUAAUGUUCGGCAUCGAGCUGUUUCACCAGGUGGUAGUGGCUGCUUCAGCAAUGGCGGCAUACCGUCUGAGAUGCGAACUAAAAUGGAAGAAGGGAGCCUAG